AUGCGGCAGAGAUCAUGGUUGGAGCUCACCGAGAAUUAUGAUUGUACUAUCAACUACCAUCUAAGGAAAGCCAACGUGGUGACUGACGCACUGAACAAGAAUAUAGCAAGAGCAGCGGAGAAAAUUAAAGUUGCACAGAAUAAUGACACAGAGUUGAUAAAGAAAGUGUGGGAUGACCAGGAAAAGGAGUUCAAUAUUUCAGAGGAUGGAGCCCUGAGGUUCCGUGCCAAACUAUGUGUUCCUGUAGAUAAUGAGAUCAGGAGGACUGUAUUGGAGAAGGCUCACAAAUCCAUGUACACAGUUCAUCCUAGUAGCACUAAAAUGUGUCAGGAUCUUCGAGAGACUUUUUGGUGGAACGGAAUGAAGAGGGUGAUAGCUGAAUUUGUGCAGUAG